AUGACAGUCCACGCUUCUCGCCUCACCCCGGAAGUGCUUCUCUCCGCACCACGCCGCUCAGCAGGAGUCCCCAAUUCAAGUGGUGAACUGGUGCUGUAUACUGUGUCUACGUACUCCUUUGAGACUCACUCCAGGUCUUCACAGAUCCGCCUUCUCAACGUCAAGGAUGGCACUUCUUACCUUGUCUCCGACGAUGCAGGCGCCAGUGAUCCUGUCUGGAUUGGCGAGCAAGAGGUUUUGUAUCUCAAGCCCGGCGACAACGGGUGUACCAUGAUAAUGGCCCAGCAUGUGCUGGAUAAGUCUGAGCCGCACAUGAUUCACUACUUGGCUGGAAGCAUCUCCAACCCCAAGACCAAGGUGCUGCACAACGGCAAAGUGGCCGUAUGCUUUAGCGGACUCACGACGCCAAAGGGAGAGCUCUACUGGCCACCCGUGGAACGAAAAUCACACGACUCGGCCAGGACUUACACAUCUCUCUUCGUCCGUCACUGGGACACCUGGAGCACCGCCAACCAAAACUCGUUGUGGUACGGCCAACUGGCCAAGAUGCACGGCAAGUGGACUCUCGAAAAUCCCGGCCUCACCAAUCUCCUAGCCGGCACAAGCCUCGAGUCUCCUGUGCCCCCCUUCGGUGGAACCGGCGAUUUUGACGUCUCUGCUCAGGGCAUCUGCUUUGUCGCCAAAGACCCCGGCCUCAACCCCGCGAGAUACACCAAGACUGAUCUCUAUUACGUACCCCUCAAGUCUUUUGCCGAGAAGCCUGGUGCUCCCCAAUUGGCCAAGACCGGCAAACUUCAGGGCUACAGCGUCGCCCCGACAUUCAGCAGCGACGGCCAAAAGAUCGCCUUUGCCCGCAUGAAGAACAUACAGUAUGAAUCAGAUAAGACUCAUCUACUGCUUGUUCCCAACGUGGAUGAUGUCAGCAAAGUUGAAGAGUUUUACGAAACUGGUGAUGGCGAGGGCGCGUGGGAUGCAAAGCCGGACUGGAUCACAUGGAGCCACGACGACAAGGAGCUCUACGUCGGUGCUGAAAAGCACGGCAAAGUCGUGCUGUGGAAACUUCCCUCCUCACCCUCGGAAGCCAAGGAGCUGCCAACGCCUAUUUAUGAAGAAGCGACUGUGAGCAAUGCUAGGCUCCUCGGAGCCGGCCCGUCACUGCUUAUAACUUCCAAGUCCCGAAUUGAGAGCUCCUUAUACUCGGUGCUGGAUCCCGUGUCAAAGUCCGUCACUGAAGUGUCGUCAAGUUCCAGAAACGGGAAAUCCUUGGGCCUCAACAAGGCGAUGAAGGACGAUAUAUGGUACCCCGGCUCCAUGGGCUACGAUAUCCACGCUCUCGUGACAAGACCAUCCGACUUCGACCCGUCCAAGAAAUAUCCACUGGCAUUCCUCAUCCACGGAGGUCCACAAAGUGCCUGGAUGGAUGAUUGGAGCACUCGAUGGAAUCCAGCCAUUUUUGCCGAGCAGGGGUAUGUCGUCGUUGCCCCUAACCCGACUGGAAGCACCGGCUAUGGCCAGAAACAUACAGACUCCAUCACAUGCAACUGGGGAGGAAAUCCGUACCAGGAUCUCGUUCUCUGCUAUGAAUACUUGGAGAAGAACGUCGACUACAUUGACACGUCCUGUGCCGUUGCGUUGGGAGCGUCCUACGGAGGUUACAUGAUUAAUUGGAUCCAAGGGCACCCUCUUGGUCGAAAAUUCAAAGCUCUGGUGUGCCAUGACGGCGUCUUCUCCACGCAAAACCAGUGGUCAACGGAAGAACUGUUCUUCCCAGAACACGACUUUGGCGGCACUCUGUGGGAGAGUCGUGAGUUUUAUGCCAAAUGGGAUCCCUCGCUGUACUGCGCCAAUUGGCAGACGCCAAUGCUGGUCAUCCACAACGAGUUGGAUUACAGGCUACCUAUUUCCGAAGGUCUGGCCAUGUUCAACGUUCUCCAGGCACGAAAAGUCCCCAGCAAGCUUGUUGUGUUUCCCGAUGAAAACCAUUGGAUACUGAAGCCCGAGAACUCCUUGGUGUGGCAUAAGGAGGUGUUGGGCUUCAUCAACAAAUACAGCGGCGUCGCAGAUGCAAAGAGACCGGCGUGA